AUGUCAGAAACAAUACUCAUACGGCCAACCUAUAAUAAUAGGCAUAAUAAUAUCAAUAAUAACAAUAAUAACAAUACGAAGGUAACAUUCGAUUCAAAAAUGGUACAGAAUACGAAUACGAAUACAAAUUCAAAUUCAAAUUCAAAUAAAUAUAAAGUAACAUUCGGUAGAGGAGGUGCAGGUAACAUAAUAACAUCCACAUCACAACCAAAACCAAAGAUAAUUAGACAAGGUUCAGAAACACCAAAUAUCCUCCAACCAAUAUAUAGUACCGGUAGAGGUGGUGCUGGUAAUUUGAAAAGAAACGUGGAUCCCAAGAUUACAAGAUUAGCUCAGGAUGUUGAUGAAGAUUCUGAAGAGGAAAAUGAAAUUAUAAAUAUUAUUAAAAGUAGGAAUUCCCAAUUAUCUAAUAAUAAUAAUAAUAAUAAUAAAAAUGAUCUAUAUACCACAGAUGAUGAAGAAGAUGAAGAUUUCAUUGGUAGUCAUCAUCAUCAUGAUAAGAAAAGUCUAGAUAGUGAAGAUUUCAUUAAUAAUAAUGAGCUCUCGAAGUUGGAAUCUCAUUUAGAAGAUGGGAUAAAUGCAGUGAUCUCAAAUGUAAAAUCUCAUCUAAGUGCAGUGAAUAGUAAUAGUAAUGUUAAUAAUAAGAAAACGAAAUCUAAUAAGAGACCAAAAUUGAAAAAAGUUAAAACUAUUGAAAAAGUUCCACCCGCUGUUGUAAUAGGUAGAGGUGGUGCUGGUAAUAUUAUUUCUCCAUCUUCUUCAAGUGAAAAGGAAAAAAAAUUGAAGAAAAAAAUAGAUAAUAAAAAUAAAAAUAAAAAUAAAGGAAUUUGGGCUUCAGUUUCAAGCUUUUUCUCAUAA